CCUCAAGCGCGCGGCGGUGGCGGCAGGCGCAGUGGCAACGGCCGUCGCGGUCCCCGAAUGGUCAGCGACAGGUAUCUGCCGGGAAUCAAUGAGAGUGGCCCUUACCGCCAGGGCGACCGUGGAAACUUUGGUGGUUCUCGCCCCGACGGUGGCCGCCGUUUCCGUUCCGACGACCGAGGCAGCCGGUACUAGGAGUCCAAAUCAUCUAUUCAAGGUGAUCAGUUGGCUGCUUCGGCUUUCACCAUGUCUUUGGCUGCGUCUCAAACGCCGCAUAUGACCAUGUUCGGGCCUCCGUUGCCUCUUGGCAUUCGCGAGUUCAAUCGUCGCCAAGUUCAUGAACCCGGGUGCCCCAACUGUUUAGAGAAAGACUACUGCGACUGCCCGUGGCGUGCCGAUGACGCCAGCGAUCCUCAAAACCAAAUUACGGACCACUUCCCAUACUGCAACAACGCCGCUGACUGUGGCUUAUGCUUUUGUCCCUCGCGCACUCGCCCUCUGACGCCCCCGUUGGUACCUCCAGACCGACCUGGGUAUUCUUCACCUUCAGUGUCACCGAUAGAGGUGGUGACUCCAUCUCCACCACGGGGACCCGCGUGGCAGAGACGACUCGGGGUGUUGGUAGUAGAGGAUGAUUUUGAGGUCGACGACAUUCGGCAACAGAUUUGGCUACAGCAGGCUGCUGACGAACUGGAACGAUUACUCCGAGAAACCCGUUCUUUAUAAUGGCCAUGGAGAAACGGGAUGCCCAUUCCACAAACCCUCUCUCUCUCUUCCUCGGGGCCAUUGGGAAUACCAUGGCUGGCAGUCAAGACGAAGCGAAGGAAUCGGUCACCAGUCAAGGGGAAUGAAUCACUUUAAUGGAGCAUUUGGUAGAAUUCCAAACUGCUGCUGGGCGAAAAGGACGAACACAAAAAAUAGAUUAGGUCUAGACUGUAUGAUUCUCUCUCUCUCUUCUUCUUUUCCCCCCCUCUUUUACCAACGACGAUCGAACUCAUAGAGAGACGUGGAGCAGGCACACGCCCACGCUGCGAUACCACACCAUGACACUGUUUCCCAGGAGGGGAAGGGACACUUGGAUCUCUCUCUCUCUCUUCAUUGGGAGUAGCUAGCUAAUUGAAGAAGC